AUUUUAGUUCCUCUAGUCGGGAGGGAAUUUUUGCAAGCUCUAAUGUUAGCAAUUCUGUGAACAGACAAAUGGGAAGUGUGUUGCGGCCAGCUAGUGGUUCCUCCAGUCCGGCGGGACUGAUACUAAGCUCCAGUGGUAAUGCAAAUAGUCUGAUUUUCAACAACCCUGUGAAUAGGCAGGUAUGAGGUUUGUCGAGACCAGAUUGUGGUUCCUCCGGUCGGGAGAGACAGACACUUUCCCAGCUUUGCCUCUCUGAUAAAACAAUUUUUAUUGCCCAAAAGACCUGUCUGUUAAUGGCAGCAGCUGCCAGUCUGGAGCUAGGAAGGACAACCUCAGCAUCUUCUGACCAAACAGAGAAAUUUACUCAAGCACUGGAGCACAUUCAAAUCUGCUGGGAAAUCUGGAAGACAUUGAAAUCAGCAGGAGAUUUAUCCAAAGACCCAACAGAGACACUGCUGCUAAUAUAUGAAUUUGAAGCAAGAGCCAAGAUAAAUGACAGUACACUGGAACAUGUACUGGAAGCAGUAUUAGAGCUGCAGCAUUUGGAACCUAAAACAUUAGAAACAAUUGCUUCUUUAGCUAUGGAACCUCCUGCUCAUUUCCCCUCUGUCUGCAAGAAAGCACUUAAAAAUGCAUGGUUGCUUCAUAGGAAGUGUUCUCUGAUUGAUGGUGUAAAAUGUAGCAAAUGCUUGCACAGUCUGAUUCAGCUCACCCUGCCAUCUGGAACAUUGGGUAUAGAACCCAGAAUAUUAGAAGAGGUGUGGAGCUACUAUGAAGAAGGCCUGUUUGUCAUAGAUAGUGUGCAUGAUUACCCUGAGGUGGAGAUUCUUUGGCUGAUGACCAGAGCAUGGAACACAGGAAUAUUACUUUAUAGUGUUGGAAGAUACAUGGAAGCAGAAAGGUGGUGUGGACUUGGUAUGCGAUUUCUAAAACACCUGGGAUCUCUCCAGAGCAGUUAUGAAUCUCAGCUGGAAAUUCCAGAACCUUCUUCUGUCUUCCUGUUCUGUCAACCUUGGAAGAUGUCUUUGUCACAGCCUCCAGCUUUCCUGAAAGUCAGCCUGCUCCAACGAAAUGAGUGGUUUGUACAGCGAGGUCUUAGACAGGCUGGACAGAGCAAAGCGACUGAUUCCAAAUGAAGAGUAAUGACAACUGCCUUCCAAGAAAAUGCACAGCAGUUUAUGAUUCUUUCCAUUUACAAGUGCAUUUUAAAAGUAAAAAUGUCUUUUGCAUAAUAAAAAAGUGGAAUUGUAACAGCCUUCCAUAUAUUUUCCCCAUUGUACCAAGGAACAAAGGGGAAACAGUUUUAAAAGAGUUAUAACCUUACAGUGUAUUUGGUUUAAAAUGCUGUAAUUCAUGUUGGUGAUUUUUCUCUCUAGACAUCAUCUGCAUGCAACUCAUUCCAUUGUAGAAAUUAAGCAAUGAUUUUUAUUCCAGUUGACUUUUUAAAUAUCUCUGUGAUAGAUUCAGACUAAUGGCUUUCAGACAAUGCUCAGUCAGCAGGAGGGGUCCAUGUCUUGUAGAGAAAGUUUUCAGUGAAAUUGGUUCAACCAUUUGAGUUUCAGUGAAAUUGGGGUCAAGCAUAAUACUAUUGUGUGACAGCCCUACACUGAAUAGCAUAGCAGAUGUCUCCAUGUAUACAACGUUAACACACUCCAACCACCCACUCCUUUUUACCAGGGAGGGCAAAAGCAUAAGCUAAGAAGAACCCAUUUGCUUAGACAUGUAUUACAGUUCUGACAGUGGAGGACCAUGCCAAAAUAUUUUCAGCUUCACGGAGAUUAAUUUCAGUAAGGAGUCUGAGGAAGUGGUCAGACAUUUUAAACACCCUUAUUGUUGUAUUCAACUGAUUUUGUUUUGUAGUUUCCAGCUUGCUGAUGUAUCUAACUGCAUUUACCAUCAUCUGAGUGUUAUCAGACUUUGUUCUGCUACCAGUUUAUAUUUUCAUAUGUAGUUUCUGUUUCUCUAAUUGUGUUCAUUAUUUUGUGUGUGUGUUCACUCAGCUGCUUUAUUAGUUUCCAUAUAUGUUUUUAUGCUGUCUUGAUUGUUUUGUCACUUGAGAUUCGGACAGGAUUGGAGUCAUCUUACCUAGUUGUCAACUUAAUUAAUAAAUAAAUACAGAUGCA